CCAUUAUCAGGUGUUUUUUUCUAACAUUGAAAGUUUUCAUUUUAUAGUUGAAUAAGGUUUUGAAUUUUUAAUAUUUACUUUAUGCUAUUCUGACUUAAUCAAGAUAAAUCAUCAAUUAUCGCAAUCUAUCUACAAUUUGGUUGAUCUAAAUUUAUUUUGAAGUUGAAGUAAUUAGUUCUAGUCUUUGAAUCAACAAUACCUUGGACUAAAUUCUGUGACACAGUCUCAUCUUUGUUUAUCAAUCUCGUUGCAAAUAUUAAAUGCUAUUAUUUUAAUUACAAGCUAAAGUAGUAUCAAUUUAUUGCUCUUCAAUAGUUUAUUUGAGAACUGUUUUGAAAAUAUUCCCAGAUUGAUAAGCUUCCUGACAUUGUUAUUUGUUUUACACCAUUGGCCAUAAUUGAAAACAUUGCUGAUAUCUGCAUCUACAGUCUUCAUCAAGUAAAGAGGAUUUGCCUUUAAAAAUUGUUCUUAGUCACUAGUCAAUUAAUCUUGAUUGUUUUUGAUUAAGGAAAUCACCAAUGAUCAACAUCUUUUAAGAUAAACUAUCAUUAACUUUAUCUUGUUAAAGAAAUGAAUAUCAGCUUUGCUCUAAGAGUAAAAUCAAGUAAAAGUGUCACUUUCAGACUAUUGAGUGAUUUGGAUCAUCAUUUUCAUCCUCGAAGCAUUCAACAGAUCAGUUCAGUCUCAAAGUUGGUUAAACCAGUUUCAACAAUAAAAACAUCUACAUCAUCACUAUCAUCUUUGGUAACCAGAAAUCUUGCAACUUCAUCCACAUCUAAACAGGCAAAAGACUUAUCUGAAAAUAGUGUAAAAUCUAGGAAAAUGGCCCCAAAAGGAUUAACCAGUGAUGAACGUGAUCAACUAUUGAAACCAUUAUUGGAAUCUGGUUGGAAAAUGGACGAUUCUGGUCGAGAUGCAAUCAAAAAAGAGUUGGUUUUCAAAGAUUUUAUCCAAGCUUUCGGUUUCAUGUCUUCAGUUGCUUUAAAGGCUGAAAAAAUGAAUCACCACCCGGAAUGGUUCAAUUGUUACAACAAGUUAAAUAUUCUGCUAUCAUCUCAUGAUGUCAAUGGUUUAUCUGAGCGAGAUAUCAAAUUGGCUAAUUUUAUUGACAAAGCCUGGUCGCAGAUCAACAAGUGAAUGCUGGUAACAGAUCACAUUCAACAAUUGUCUUAAUCUUUCGAUGAUUUAACUGAUAAACCAAUUCUAUUCUAUUUUUUCCGGCUGAUUGUUCCAUUGUUACCCUAGAUAUUCAAAAUAUUUGUGAUUUUCCAACCUUUAAGCCAGCUAUAUCAAUAGUUUUAUUGUAAUAUCAGUAUACCUCAUCAAGAAUCAUUGUUAACAUUGAAAAUAAUAAAGGUUAUUAACAAUUAUUUCACUUAUAGCGUCCGGGAUUGUUGUUUAACCAAAUUAUCUAAAGAUACUCAUGAUUAACUGCAAUUCUGCUGAAAUCAAUCAAUUUUCACAGCUUUACUUGUUAGCCUAUCUUGUUGUGCAAAAAACAAUAAAGAAUGCAACCCAAUUUUCAA